CUUGAGCACGUUUAACUGUGAGCGCACUGAUGACCCUUGGUGUCCUUUAAGAAUCCCCUGCUCUGUUUCACAUGACACUUGCUGUUGCAAACACAAACUUUCACUCACUGUGUCUUACAAAAGGGUCUCAUUUCCCAGUUUCGAGGGAGAGAUGCUGAAUUAGAAAAGCUAAACACAUGUUAAACUAUCUGCCUGGAAUGACUUGUGCAGAGUGCUGCUGGAGGAACACAGGGAUUCCUCCUCACCCCCUUUAUAAAGAGACAAAGGCAUCAGAUACAUCCUGCGUGCACCAUGCGUUGCCAUGUUGCCAUGUGCACAGACCUACACAUGUAUGAUUAAGAGAAACUGCAGCUGAGACAUGGAGGGGGAAAUAGAAAGUAGCAAAGACGGAGAUUGGACUCGCAGAGAAACAGGUUGAAAUCAUUUUCAUUACUUUUUCCCCUCCCACUCCAGCUCUCCAUCAGCAGCGCGGGAGGAGGCUGUGGGCUGCUGCGGGCGGGCUCAGUGCAGGAAUGAGGAGUAAUUGAGCUUGAGCCGAGCCCAGCGGAGGUAGCGUCUCCUCCCGGUGUCAUUGCUGCAGCUCCAGGGCCCAGUCCCUAAGUCCUCAGGCACCUCGCUCCCCGCUCCCCGGUGCAGAAGCGCCUGCAAAGCCAGCCCCGGGCUGGGCUCCGGUCGCAGCAGAAGUUGCGGGGCGCAGGACUCCAGCGGAGGCAUUGGCUCCUGAACUUUUCACGUCAUUUUCUGUUCGGAGCCCCUUCUCUCCUCUCCGCGCAGCAGCCGUUCCCGCCGCGGAUCCCACUGCUCAUGGGGCAGGGGCAGAGCCGCUUGCAGCACUGAGCCGAGCCGAACCGGACUGGAGCCCCGUGAUGUCCGGCACCAAACUGGAGGACUCCCCCCCUUGCCGCAACUGGACAUCCGCUCCGGAGCUGAAUGAAACUCAGGAGCCCUUCUUGAGCCCCACCGACUAUGACGACGAGGAAUUCCUGCGGUACCUGUGGAGGGAAUACCUGCACCCCAAGGAAUAUGAGUGGGUCCUGAUCGCGGGGUACAUCAUCGUGUUCGUGGUGGCGCUCGUUGGGAACAUCCUGGUGUGUGUGGCAGUGUGGAAGAACCACCACAUGAGGACAGUGACCAACUACUUCAUAGUCAACCUUUCUCUGGCUGACGUGCUUGUGACCAUCACCUGCCUUCCAGCCACACUGGUUGUGGACAUCACUGAGACCUGGUUCUUUGGAAAUUCCCUCUGCAAAGUGAUUCCUUACUUACAGACUGUGUCAGUGUCUGUGUCUGUCCUCACACUGAGCUGCAUUGCCCUGGAUCGAUGGUAUGCGAUCUGUCAUCCUUUGAUGUUUAAGAGCACAGCCAAGCGGGCCCGGAACAGCAUUGUCAUCAUCUGGAUCGUCUCCUGCAUUAUAAUGAUCCCUCAGGCCAUCGUCAUGGAGUGCUACACCAUGAUCCCUGCCCUGGCCAAUAAAACCACCCUCUUCACAGUGUGUGACGAGCACUGGGGAGGUGAUAUUUACCCCAAGAUGUAUCACAUCUGUUUCUUUCUGGUGACAUACAUGGCACCUCUGUGUCUCAUGGUGUUGGCCUAUCUGCAGAUAUUUCGUAAACUCUGGUGCCGGCAGAUCCCUGGGACAUCGUCUGUGGUUCAGAGGAAAUGGAAGCCCCUGCAGCCCGUUUCGCAGCCUCGAGGGUCAGGACAGCAGACUAAGUCCAGGAUUAGCGCCGUGGCUGCUGAAAUAAAGCAGAUCCGAGCCAGACGAAAAACAGCCCGCAUGCUGAUGGUGGUGCUUUUGGUGUUUGCAAUUUGCUAUCUACCAAUUAGCAUCCUCAACGUGCUAAAGAGAGUAUUUGGGAUGUUUACCCACACAGAAGACAGAGAGACUGUAUAUGCCUGGUUUACAUUUUCACACUGGCUUGUAUAUGCCAAUAGUGCUGCGAACCCAAUUAUUUAUAAUUUUCUCAGUGGAAAAUUUCGAGAGGAAUUUAAAGCUGCUUUUUCAUGCUGUUGCCUGGGCCCUCACCAUCGCCAGGAGGAUCGGCUUGCCAGAGGGCGGACCAGCACAGAGAGCAGAAAGUCCCUGACCACCCAGAUCAGCAACUUUGAUAACAUAUCAAAACUCUCAGAGCAAGUCGUGCUCACCAGUAUAAGCACACUCCCAGUAGCCAACGGGGCGGGGCUGCUUCAAAACUGGUAGAAUAUUGAUUUACAUUACAAGGAUACCUGAGUAAAAUGAUUCUUUUUUGUCUUUUUAGUUCACGGAAAUCUUAGGAUUUGACCCAUCUGAAGCUAAAAUUACUUGUGGACCUAUUUAUUUAUUUAUUUAUUUAUUUAUUUAUUUGCAAAAGAAAAAACCUAUUGCUCUUUGGAAAUAAAAGUCAGUUUAAACUAAUUUCUCAACUAUUGAUUUAAAUAUGUUAGACGUUUCACUUUCAACUGCAUUGAUUUCAGGCUAUUUCAUUUCAGUUUCCUGUUUUAUGCUUUGUGUGCAUCAAAUGCUUAUGUAUUUCCAAUUCAAAUUAUUUCCAUUUCACAUUCAAACUGGUUGCUAAAAAUUACCCAAAGUUCUCCUGUAGUUUUUUUUUUUUUUUUUUUUUUUGGCAACUAAGAGAAGUAGCAAGUACUAACUGAAUUAAAGACAUGUUAGUUGAUUUCAUUGUUUAAAAAAAAAAGAUCACAAGGGACUGUCAUUCUGAUGUGACAUCGGAGAGAAUAUUUAUUUAUAGAAUAGCAUAUUAUAUUAGAUAACUCAAAAGCUACUUUCCAAAACCACAUAAAAAUAAACUAUUAAACUUUAUUUUUCAUGAAUUCUAUCACUCAGUAACACAAUUUUCUCAGGUUUGUGACUUUACCAUGGCUAACAUUUCUCAUCUCAACAUAUGGCCAGUAAGACGCAGUGUUGGCAUAAAGAUUUUGGAGUAACUAUGAAUACAUAAUAAUUUCCAUCUCUAAGACUUCAACACUUAAGAAUAAGGUAAAAUCACAUGAUUGUACUCUUCUAACCAGUGAAAAUGAUGUAGUCAGCCUUGGUGGAUUCCAUGAAGAAUGCAAUUUACAAAGAAAAGUAGUGGACCCACUAAAUCCCAGCUGGCUUCCCUAUCGCACAGGUUCAUACUAUGAUGGUAAACAUUUGCCUUUUUUUAAAUCCCGUAAACAUUGCUCAAGCACCUACCAGAAGGCACCAGCUGCGCUGUGUGCUAGGAGAUGAGGUGGGGGUCGAUAUAAACGUGCCUUUCAAAGAGCUCAGGUCUACUGAGAGAGCAGGCUGAUCCAGGCCGCGGGGCGGCAAAGCAUUCUGAGGGGCAGGUUCCCACACCCACAGAGCAGCGACAGCUAGGAUGCUGUUCCUACCAAGGUUGGCACUGUUUUUUGUUUGUUUGUUUCUACUUAAUUACAGCGACAUUGUUGAUGCCAGUGAAUGCCUCUAGGCAUGUGGCUGAGAGCCAGGUGAUUAGACUAAUGGAGGGACUUGCUCUCAACCUACGCACAAAUGAACAGGAGCAGUAUGUUUUGUACAAAUAUAUGCUCUGGGGUUCAAAGCGCUGGAUAGUUCAAAUUUGUUUUUCUGCACAAUUUUUCUGAUUCAAAUGUUCACUUCAAAAUUAAGUUGAAAGUAAAAAACCUUUUUCUAAAGACUUGCCCUUCUCUGUAAGAGCAGGUGUUCUUAUUGAUUGAAACAAAAAAAAAUGAACAAUAAUAUUUAAGAAAGAUUUCCAUAGAUGAUAAAAAUUAUCCUCUUCUUUUCUUGAUUUUACCCAACUCAUCACUUUUUGAAAGAAGUAAUACAACCAAAUUAUACACGAGUCAUUUUCAAAUUUUAGAAUUGGGGACUACUUUGUUGUUGUUUUUUUUACUAUUUAAAGCAAAACUACUCUCACGUGAGGAUUAUUGAAAUGAUAUUACUAGUUAGCAAAACGAUAUCAAUAAAAUCAAAAGUAAUAUAACUCUUCUUCCCUUUGUACAUCUGAGAUCUUUUUUUCUUAUUUAUGCCUCAUGAAAGGGGAGUUGUAAUGUUCAGAUUGUGAAAGAAGCUAGCACUUUAAAUAGUUUGAAGAUAACUUCAGAUACUAUUGAUAACAUGCCUUAAUAGCUGAAUAAAAUCGCAGAGUAAGAGCUAAAUCUUUAGACCCUAAUAUAUAUCAAGUUUUUUAUUUAUUUAUUUAUUAUUUAUUUUUUUUAAUUUAAGAAUGAGAGGAGAGAGAGAGAAAGCGAGAGAGAGCGAGCGAGUGCGCUAGUUCACAGUUCUGUGGUUGUGUGCCAAGGACAUUCUCAGAAGUCAGAAUUCCUUUGUUCUAAAUUGGUGAUUCUCCCUGUGUGGUUCCUGUUCCGUCAGCAUCAGCAUGGCCUGAGAUUUUAUUAGACAUGCAAAUUUCCACCCUAUCCUAGAUCUGCUAAAUCAGAAACUUUUGAGGGUGGUAUCAGAAAUCUGUGUGUUAACAAGCCCCGCAGGUAAUUCUGAAGCAUCCUAAAAUUGAGAACCAAAUCACUGCUCCAAAUAUUACUACUUGGUACCUAUUUAUCAUCCAUGUGAUAAAAAGUGUUUACUGCACAGCUAUUUACAAUAGGGACCACUGUCAUCCCCACUGUCAGCCUGCUUGGAGGUCUGAAAAAAGAGGCUGAGCAUCAGUGUUGAAUGUCACCCAAUGUCAUCUCAGUUCAAGAGAUUACGGUUUAUGGAAUAAUCGUCCCUGAGCUACAAGUGCAGUGUGAAAGAAGACUGAUUUUAUAGCCCAUACUUGGAUGGCCAGUUUCUAAUUAAAAAAAAAAAGUCCAAUUUCCAACUUUUUCCCCACUAAGUUAUUAAGGCUACUUUUGUGGAAGUAGUUUCUAAGAAUAAAUAUUACCUGAGAGAAAAGUGAGCAAACACCAACUUUUAUGAGAAACUGAGGAAGUAGAAUAAUAGCCUGUGCAUGUUGUGCUCAAUACAUUCAUAUAGGAAUCCUUCUAAGAGGUCUAGAUCUAAAUCCUCUUAUCUUAAUGGAACAAAGUAAAGAAAUAGGUAUUCCCCAAACCUGCCAAUCUAUGGAACAAAGGGUCAACUCCUUACCUCAUUAUGUGCUAAUAACACAAAUGAGAAGAUGUCUUAUAAAAAGAAUGUGUUGUGACUGUUUUAUGGUAUAAAUAAAAUAAGUAUCUUUUUUAUAUUUAAAAGACGUAAUGUAAAAUGUCAUUAAUGUUACUGAAAUUUAUUAUCAAUAAUUUUAUCUAAUAUGAAUUCAUUUGAUUUUUAUUGUUUCUGAAUUUCUGCAAACCCAUGAAAAAUUUAACAUGUGAAUUUAUUCUUAGCAAAAUAGGACUUGAGGCAUUUCUUGGAUAUUAAAUGUUAGAAACCAUUGAUGGGUUAAUUGUAAACGUGUUACACACAAUGAUAUUGAAUUUCAUUCCCAGUGCACAUUGUUUUAAUAAAGAUACAGGUAAAUAUGCCUAUAAACAUAAUUUGGAUAUGCAUAAACCUGAAAUAUCAGAAUGACAAAAUCUGAAGACACUUACUGGUCACAAAUCAUGAGGAGGGCUAUUAUUAUUUUCAUACUAGUGUAAUAAUAGAAUGUUUCAUUUGACAUAAAUCAUAAUAGUAAUCACUUGCAUUUGAAAACAAUCUGAAUAGUCAUUACAAUUUAGAAAGCUUUUCAACUCUAGUUAAUUUUAUAACAGAUGACUUUUCUACUUCCUCUAAGUUACAAGUCAAAAAAAGAGUACAUUCAAUUAGGUCAUGCACAAAAUUAGUUUUCAAAUGGCAUGAAGCUAAAUAAUAGAUUUUUUAAAAAGACAGUAAACAAAGGAAAAACUAGUAAUAUACUAGUAAGUCUCUUCUAUUACCUUAUAUACUACAGAAAAUGAACUGCCAUGGCAUGAAUAACACUGUCAUCUCCCAAAAUCCAAAGGGGAUUAUUUUCUAGAGACUAUUGCAAUCAAAGGGGGCAAAAAGCCACGUAUUUCUAUUAUCUUACAUUUUCUUUAUAAGCUUUGGAGCUAGCGUGUCUUUAAGUUUUUCAUGAAAUGUAUUUCUCUAAUUGUUGUAUCCCAUGUGUGUAACAUCACUUGUUUAAUAAUUAUCUUACACACUUAAAGUUCCUUAUGCCUGAUUUACUGUGUCUUCAUGAAGAAUUUUGUAUCAAAUCCAAUGUGAUAGCACACCAACUACUGUGAAGGAUGCUCGUUAUGUAAUUUUUAAGUAAAAACCAUAUUGAGAAUUCAA